AGCAGAUGGCAUUGACAAUAAAAUUAGUCACGUUGGCCGAGCUAGUUGAUUAACAAUAUUUAUACACAUUAAGUUACAAGACCGAUUUUUAUUACAGCGCAUCAAGCACAGUUCGAUUAGUUAUUAGUUUUAAUAAAUAAUGGAAUUGCUUGAGGAACUUCGUAGGGAAUUUAGUGACAGGUUCCCGAAUGAUGUACUUCCUUCUGCCAUAGAAGAUUGUUUGGAUGAUGGAAAUUUAGCACAGGAGCAAAUGGAAAAACUGCGUGACGAUAUAGAGAAUUUUCGGCACAAGCUACGACUAAAAGAGUAUCUAUUACAAUUCUUGGAAACGAAAAGCGUAAAAUACGAGCGGAAACCGACUAUACUUUCACCUUCAAUGAAAGAAGCUCUUGAAAAAUUCAGUGACCCUGACGCUGAACUCGAAUGCUCUUCCCCAUUCUUCUUGGGAAGUGACAGGGGUGAGUCGACUACCGAAGAUAAUUUUGAAGAAUUCAAUCCGGUCGUUAGUCCUCCGUCGGAUAGCGAAGCCGAAGAUCAAUUCCCAACGAGAUAUGAGAAAUUCAAAGGUUUUCAAAGGAUAUCAAAGAGGAGCAUUGAUGAUGAAGACGACCCGGAAAGCGAAAACAAAAUUUACGUGAAUAUUCAACUAAAAUCACUCGGUUCGUUAGCUUCCAGACCAAAUAGAGAUGCAAUUUAUUUGGAAGAGGGUGACAAUUCUAUUGAUAGUAAUAAAUUAAAGGAUAGAAAAGCUUAUCUUCAAGGUUUUUUAACUGAUGAGAUAGCAUAUACUAAAACUCUUAGCCAAUUAAUGGCUUUGAAAGAGAAAUUAGAAGAUGUUCAUAGAGAGUCAAAAAAAUCAUCAAAAUAUGUUAAGACUGACGAUAUUGAUGUUAUUUUUAAGUGUAUACCGGAAAUGUAUUCAACUCAUGAUAAUUUUGUCGAAAUGCUGAGAAAUACCUUAGAGAACUACAAUAGAGAUAGCGAAAUAAGCGAUAUCUUCAAGAACAUGAUAACUACUGAUAUAGAUAUUGGACAAAAUUACAUAAAUAAUUAUUCAAAAGCUUCUAAAUGUCUUGAAAAGUUGAUUGAACAAAUUGAUAAACGUAAAGAGUUAAGGGAUAUUGGAACUUUUAUGCGUUAUCAAUUACAAGAGAUAGCGUCGGCUAGGAAGGAGGAAGUUAAAAGUUCUAGUAAAAAUGAUUUAAGAGAAUGUAUCGAACCAGGCCAAGAAACUUAUUUAACUUUGCUGCAGAAGCCUAUUACACGAGUACAAAAGAAUCUAUCAAUUAUACCGGAACUUAUAAAAUUAACGCCAGAAAAUCAUAGAGACUUUGCUAGAUUAAAAAAAAUUACUAUUGAACAGCAAAGCUUUUUAAAGACUUAUGAACCGAAAGUUAUAGAAGGAGAAAAGGUACGACACGAUUUAAAAAAUUGCGUUGUUGCCGAACAAUCUGGUUACAGGAAUAGAUUAAGGACUUUGGUACUAUUUAAUGACUGUAUUGCUUGCUGUAGACUGAUAAGACGUGAAAAAGAAAAUAUACAAUUAAUGUUAAAAUGGUUUACGCCUGUAUUGGAUAUUCAGGAACUUAUUCCUCAAGAGGGUAACCAAAGUCGUAUGGCUGAGUUAAAAAGGCUUAGAGAUAAGCUAACAGAUACUGGUAAUGAGAUGAAUAAACGCCGAAAGUAUAUCGACUCUUGUGACAAUAUUAUAAGUGCAUAUGGUAAUUUAAAUAGGGAAAAUAAGGACCAACAUCAACAGACAUCUAAAUUUACUCAGGAGAAAGAAAUGGCUAUUUUUGAUAAAUUAGCAAAGGAAGCAAGAGAACUAACCACUAAAUUAACGAGUCUCGCACCAUUUUUACCCCUUGUCAUAAAAAGUAAAAACAAGAAAUCCCAUACUGUUUUGUUUACAUCAGAAUUUGAAAGAGGUGAAUGGAUGAAAGAAAUUUUUGCGCAAAAAGCCAAACAGGAAAAGAUUACUAAAAGUUCGGAUAGACGAUCAAGUCCAAGCAGAGUUCCAGAUGACGAUAGUAAAAUUUCGAGCACUGACGUACAAACUUCGCUAAAUUCUAUGGCCUGGGAAUGUUUAGCUGAUCCUUUAGACAUGUUUACAGAUUCUACAACUACUACCCUUAUAAAUGGUUCAGGUCAUAUUAUUAUUCAUAGAGUGAAUGGUUUAACAGAUCCAAUAAAUAUCAAAUGUGCCGUUGAAGCUGAUUCUUUCGGACAAAGAUAUAUAUAUAGUUGGACGAGGCUAAUACCAAGAACACUUAAACCAUCCUGGGAAGAUGAGGGAUUUUGGGUUGACUUUCAAGGCAGUGAAAUUAUGAAGAUUUACGUUUUUCAAAUCGACGAGGGAAAUGAUAAAAUUAUUGGAGAAUGCUCAAUGCUUCUCAGUGAAUUGUAUAAAGAUAGGAUAUGGCAGAAAAAAAAUUUUACUAUCAAUGAAAAAGAAGUCUCUAUCGAUGUAACUAUAAAUUUUCAAGAUAUGUCAACGGCUCAUCGUCGAAAGAACAAAAAUGACGAUUCGGCCUUUUUCGGAGUUGAAAUAAAGGAUAUUUCUGCUCGUGAACACAACUUGGUGCCUUCAAUCGUUCAAAUAUGCGCUGAGACUGUAGAAGAAAAGGGUAAAAAUGCCGAAGGCAUUUACAGACUAUCUGGCCUCUCUCAAGAAGUUUCCAAAUUGAAAGCAUAUUUCGAGAAGGAUAUGUAUAAGGCGAAGAAAUUUUGCAACGAAGGCGAUAUUAAUACAGUCUGUUCCGUUAUGAAGUUAUUCUUUCGGGAACUUCCACAAGCUCUGCUAUCUGGGCUGUAUAAGGCAACAGAAAAUGUCGACACAAAAGAUCUACCACAAAUUAUAAAACAAUUUUUGAAAGAUAUAAAUACCAGCUCUUCAACAAGAUGUGUAUACGAAACAGCUAGAUAUUUAUUUAUCCAUUUGGUUCAAAUCGAAAAGUAUCGCGAUUCGAAUAAAAUGACAUUGUCCAAUUUAGCCACGGUAUUUAGUCCAAACCUUUUGGAAAAUCCUCUAGAAACUGGUGAAAUAACUAGCGUUGAUGAAUUACACCACUUAUCUAUCAGGCAAACAAAUAUUCUGCAUACUGCCUUGGAAAUGACGAAAGCUGGAAUUCUAUUUACUUGA